AUGAAUCCACCCAUAGGCACCAGCAGCAGAGGCGGCGGCCUUGCUCCACGGAGAGGGCAAGGCCGAGGCGGUAGAUAUCUAUAUUUCAACAAGCCCAGGGAACCACCGAAGCCUGAUCUUACGAAACACCCUCUUGGAGAUCUCGUCGAUACGAUCAGCGCGUCAGACCUAGACGUGGGAGCGAGCACUACCUCACACUCUACCGAGAUAUCUGGCUGCGAGUAUGUUUCAUCCUACAAUUGGACAAACGACGCAAAUAGUACUAUUGUCGUACCAGGAAAACCCCCAAAAUGGACGCCUCUCGCAGAACCACAACGCCUAAAAGAAGACAGCGGCCAGUACUUCCGCGACCUAAACGCCGCAAAGAAUCCCUCCUACCCCAUGGCACCCGCCGUCCACGCUGUGCUCGAAAAAGACUAUCACUACCACACUGAUGAAAUCGACAUCUUCGCCUGCGGUAGCACACUAGGAAGCCUCCUCCGCUUCGCCCGUGGCAUGGACAAACCCUUCCGCUUCAACCUCCAAGUAAUUAAACACACCGUCUUCCUCAUCCGCAAAGAAAAUGACCCCAAGCAAUUCAUCGAAGGUGUCCGAGGCUACGGUCACACCUUCCCCGAAGCCUACACCACCUGGAGCGACCCCAAAAACUCCAUCUCCCACCAACGCAUCAUCCGCUACAAAUUCGGCGGCCUGACACAUCUCCUCCGCUUCGAAAGCGACGGCUACAUCCCCGAUCUUUGCCCCAAAGACACCACUCCACCUCCUCAGUCUAGUGACGACGACACCAAAAAUAACUCCCCCGAAGAAGAUCUCAUCCUCUCCUUCCAAGACCUCAUCAUUGGCAGCCUACCCAACACCCCCAGACUCGCCAUCAAAACCCCCAAACACUCCUCUUCCUCCACCACCUCCACCCCCCCUCAAUCCACCCUCUUCGACCUCAAAACCCGCUCCGGCAAACACAACAAAAAAAUAGACAUGACAGACAUCCUCCCCCAACUCUGGCUCAAACGCAUCCCAAACUUCAUAACCGCAUACCACGACGGCGCCGGCCUCUUCACCGACAUCUGCGUCCAAAACAUCGAAACCGAAGUCAGCGCCUGGGCCACCGAGAAUGCCGCUGGAAUCAAGAAGUUCGCAGUCUUGCUACAAGAGCUGGUGAGAGUAGCUAGGGAACAUAGUCCCCUGGGUCAUGAUACGUUGCUGGAAGUUUAUUGUCCCGAUAAGGAAAAGUUGGAGGUGAGAAUGCAGUUUGGAGAGGGGAACGAGGCGUUGCCGUAUUGGUUGAGGGAGAGGUGGGAGGAGGGGAGUAAGGUGUUUGUGGGUUCUUCGUCUGAUGAUGAUGUCAACGAUGGUGAUGGUGAUAAUUGUGGGGGUCUUUGGUUGCCCAACCGGUAUGAGGAAUGGUAUAGUAACGAAAACGAUGAGGAUUUUGGGCCGAGCAGGAGGUAUAGGUCGUAUUAUGAUUCGGGAUCUGAGCCAGAUUAUACUGCAUGCUCGGCUAGCGACUGUGGAUAUUGUGGUAGGUGUUCUUAUUGA